AUGUGCCUCCAGCACAUCCACGUCUGCCCCAUCUGCGCAGACUACAUCGUCCCCGUCCCGCGCUGCGAGGCAGCCGAGGAGGCCGACCGGGGGACCGCACCGCUCCUCGCACUCCCAGCCCCUCCCGGACCACCGCCGGCCGCGCCGUCGCCGCCCUCUCUCAACAACGGCGGCGGCGGCGGCGGCGGCAGCCACCACUAUGACCACCACCGCCACGGGUCCAGCUUCUCCGACUCGGACGAGACGGCCGUAGAUUCGGACACCGACUCCUUCUCCUCCUCCGCCAGCAGGCGCGGCCACAGCGGCCGCCGCCCCGCGCGCUUCUCGACCGCGAGCGGCGAGCAGGCCCGGCAGCGCUGGGCCGGCCUCGUCACGCGCAUCAGCUGCCCGGCCUUCGAGUCGCGCAACAAGGCCGCCUUUGCGCUCUGCGACGGCUGCAAGGCCGACAUGGCCGCGCUCUUCGGCGGCGGCGGCGGCGGGGCCGCGGGCAGCGUGCAGCCGCCGCACGAGUUCCCGAUGGUCCGGGCGGAUGGGUAUGUGGUCUGGGGCCUGAUCAAGGCUGAGUGA